AAAGCUCGAAGGGCGCCUUGUGGUAGAUGUGUCUCUGGAUCGCCGCUGAAAUGGGGAGUGCCGGAGGUUUGCUCUGUCUCGUUCUAUGUCUGCUUUGGCUGGAGGAAGCUGUUUCAUUACCGCUGGGGAGAACGUCCGUAUCAGGCGCGCGAGCGCGGUACGGUUUCCGGUCACGGAAGGACUGGUGGGCCCGCUUUCACAGAAAAGCCUCCAUUCUGAAUGAGGCAGUAGAGGAGAGUCCAGGAGCGGCUUUGGCUUCUCUCAAGGCCAUAGAUGACCUGCAUGACAUCCAUACAGGCUUCCUGAAGUCCUCCUCCAGACAGGCUGUGCUGCAGGAUUCUGGGCUACAAAACUCUUCCAGCUCCCCUCUGCCCUCAUCCAGUCCUGCAAGCCAUCCUUCUUCCAUAGGACACAUGUCAGACUCAUCCUCUGCUGUUGCACAAACUACAGUGGUCCCGAUAGCAGCAGUUCCUACAGAGCCGGCUGAGCUACAGCACACCUCUAGGACUGAGGCUCUCGGGGCCUUGGUGGAGCCUACAGGGCCCGCUACUGAACACUAUCCCUCUAGUUCAGAGCUCCACUUGGUGGAGGCUACAGGGGGCAGUACUGAACACUAUGCCUCUAGUACUGAGGGCCAUGGGGGCUUGGUGGAGGCUACAGGGCCUGGUACUGAACACUAUCCCUCUAGCCCUGUGGCUGGUAGCACCAGGAACCAGAUGGGCUGGCAGCAUGCUGCAGAGCAGUCCACCUCUAGAAGCCCCCCAGUGCAGAGCAGUAGUGCUACUGGGCCCAUCAACAGUGCUGAUCUCUGCGACUUUGAGUCAGAUCUGUGCAACUGGACCCAGUCUGCUGCUGAUGAAUUUGACUGGAGUCUUCACCGGGAGAGGCCUGUCAGCAAGGACCCCUGCCACAGCAAACCUGGACAGUACCUGUAUAUCCAGGCAGCAUUCCCACUGCAGAGUGGCCAGACUGCGGUGCUGCAGAGUGGGGAGCUUUCGGGAGAGGUGUGCCUGUCCUUCUGGUACAGCAUCUUUGGGGCAGGAGUGGGCUCCCUGGCGGUGUACAUGCAGUCUCUGACAUUCCCCUCCGGCCAGCACAGGGUGUGGUCUGACAGUGGGAGCGAGAGCCGUCUGUGGUAUCUGGAGAAGCUGGACAUCAGUGGGGUGGGGAUGGAGAAAUACAGAAUCCUCUUUGUGGGCACCAUUGGCAACAGUUACUGUGGGGAUGCUGCCCUGGAUGAUGUGCAGGUUCAGAAGGGGGUGUGUCUGCCUCAGCACAGGCCUCUGCACUUCAGGAGAGGGCAGCGGUCUGUCCCUUCUCCAACACCGGGCACCACUGCCAGCUCAAACGCCACCAGCCUCUUCUGCAGCUUUGAGGGCUCCCUGUGUGGCUGGACCCAGUGCCAGAGGGACAGCUUUGACUGGAGGCUGCAUGCUCCCCUGGCACCACGGCAGGGGAACUGUAUUCAAGAGCGAGAACAGUACCUGUACAUCAUGGCAGCCUUUCCGCGGGCGCAUGGGCAGACAGCAGUGCUGAUGAGCCCUGUGCUGCAGGAGUCGGUGUGCUUGAGCUUCUGGUACAGCAUCCUGGGACGUGGAGUGGGCUCACUCACGGUGUACAUGCUGUAUGCUGACACUCCUGAUGACUGGCACAAGCUGUGGGUGGGCCGAGGCAGCGGGCGCAGGACCUGGGCCUGGGCUGAAGUGGAGUUGUACAUGGAACCUGGGAAGACCUUCCAGAUCCUGCUGGAGGGGAUGAUCCAAGAGGCAUCCUGUGGAGAUGCAGCAGUGGAUGACAUCCGGGUGGAGAGAAGACGCUGCUCACGGAAAUGAGGAUGCUAACCAUGCUUGGAAAGACUGGACCAAUAAACCGCUUAAGCGGACACUGUUGUGCUUACUGUCCUUACUUGUAUGUGUAUGCUGGAGAGGGUGGUGUAGUUGGACACUUCCUAUUCUACUUCUGCGAAGUAAAGCUUGUUAACAGUC